AUAUAGAAAGCUGUCUUCUUCUCUCUUCAACACUCCCAAACCCUGAAUAUUUAUUCUCCGGCGAGCGCUCCGGGUUUCCUCUUUAAGCUUCUCGUCUGUAUCACAAUCAAUUUUCAGGAGGUAAAUUUGGAAUUUCUCUCAAGUCUGCCUUCUCUGCGCUCUUUUGACUUCGCUGGUUUUCAUUGUCUAAAUCUGUUAAACUCUCUGCUUCUCUCUCUCUGAGUUUGUCUCCUUCAUUCCCUGCAAUAUCUUGCUUGUUUUCGGCUUACUCUAGAUCUGUACCUUUUUCGUGCUAAUCUUCUUAUGCCUAGCUCUUUAUUUUCGUUUGUCAUAUUAAGUUGAGGUGUUGAAGGGACUCAGAUCUUGGAAUUCAAUUUCUGUUUAGCUUCAGUUUUGUCUCUUGUCAUGUCUUUCCUUCUAUUGUACCGAUUGAUUCAGUUUCGGGAAAGAUAUUCAAUUUAAUUACAUCUAUGCGUCUUAGACUUCAUCUAAUAGUAGCAGAGAUUACCUAAAUUUCGACCUCAUGACGAUCACAGUUUCAAUGUUAGCUGUUCUUUGUUUAGCUUCCACUAUCUUUGCAGCUGAUUAUGUGCCCACAGAGAAUAUACUUCUCGCUUGUGGUGCGCCUGUUGACUCCCCAGACGGGGAUAACCAGAAAUGGACCAGCGAUUUGGGGUCCAAGUUCUUGUCAUCCGAGAAAUCCUCUACAUCGAAGGCGGCCACACAGGAUCCUGCUGUGCCCUCAGUGCCUUUCAUGACUGCUCGGAUUUUUCAGUCGGAUUUUACAUACAGUAUUCCAGUUGCGUCAGGUCGCAAGUUUAUCCGCCUCUAUUUCUAUUCUAACUCCUACAAUGGGCUUAAUGCUACUGAUGCUCUCUUCUCUGUCACAUCUGGUUCGUAUACACUGCUCAAGAACUUCAGUGUGGCUCAAACCUCCGAUGCUUUGAAUCUUGCAUACAUUAUAAAGGAGUAUUCUGUCAACGUGGAUGGUGCAUGGUUGAACAUAACUUUUAGUCCGUCUUCUAAUCUUUCCAAAGGGUAUGCAUUCGUUAAUGGUAUUCAGGUGCUUUCGAUGCCGGAUAUUUAUAGUUCUACGGAUGGAACUUUAACGGUCGUGGGCACGUCUUCUUCGUAUACCAUUGAUAACAGCACUGCACUCGAAAAUCUCUAUCGGUUAAAUGUGGGUGGAAAUGAUAUCUCGCCUUCUGGUGAUACUGGUAUGUUAAGGUCUUGGUCUAAUGACAUGCUAUAUAUUCGUGGGGCGGCACAAGGAGUUACAGUGCCUGCCGAAUCAAAUAUGACGAUCAAGUACCCUUCUGGCGUGCCUACUUAUAUAGCACCAUCUGAUGUCUAUGCCACGGCAAGGUCAAUGGGGCCUGAUCCUAUUAUCAAUCAGAAGUACAAUUUGACCUGGAUUUUUAGUGUUGAUUCGGGAUUCUCUUACUUGUUUAGGCUCCAUUUCUGCGAGGUUGCUGAUUACAUAACCAAGAUUAAUCAGAGAGUAUUUGACAUCUUUCUUCUCAAUCAAACUGCCCAGAGUGGGGCAGAUGUGGUUGCCUGGGCAAAUGGUAAUGGUAUUCCAGUUUACAAGGAUUAUGUGGUGUUUGUACCUGGUGGGGGUAUGCAGCAAGAUGUAUGGCUUGCACUGCAUCCGAAUACAGCUUCAAAGUCACAGUAUUAUGAUUCAAUCUUAAACGGAGUGGAGAUAUUCAAGUUAAGUGAUGCACAUGGCAAUCUUGCCGGGCCAAAUCCAAUCCCUGAACACAAUGUUAUUGACCAAUCAAGGGUUUUAUCACCUUCUCGUGUCGGUCAUUCAAAGAACAAAACUGGCGUGAUUGCCGGAGGUGUAAGUGGUGGAAUUGUUGCUGCCCUCAUGAUUGCUUUCUGUUUUGUUGGAGCUGCUCGUCGGCGUAGGUAUGGGAAGGAGGCAAGUGCCAGUGAUGGGCCAUCUGGGUGGCUACCUCUUUCUCUAUACGGAAAUUCACAUUCUGCUGGCUCUGCCAAGACAAAUACCACUGGAAGUUAUGCCUCUUCCCUUCCGUCAAAUCUUUGCCGACAUUUCUCCUUUGCUGAGAUCAAGGCAGCUACCAACAACUUCGAUGAAUCUCUAAUUCUGGGAGUAGGAGGUUUUGGCAAAGUCUAUAAGGGAGAAAUUGAUGGUGGGUCGACUAAAGUUGCAAUCAAGCGCGGGAAUCCACUCUCUGAGCAAGGCGUCCAUGAGUUCCAAACUGAGAUUGAAAUGCUUUCAAAACUUCGGCAUCGGCAUCUUGUGUCAUUGAUUGGAUAUUGUGAAGAGAACUGUGAGAUGAUUCUUGUCUAUGAUUACAUGGCUCAUGGCACACUGCGUGAACAUCUGUACAAGACACAAAAUCCUUCUCUGCCAUGGAAGCAAAGACUCGAAAUAUGCAUCGGAGCUGCGCGCGGUUUACAUUAUCUGCAUACUGGUGCCAAACACACUAUCAUCCACCGAGAUGUUAAGACAACAAACAUUCUUCUGGAUGAGAAGUGGGUAGCCAAAGUUUCCGAUUUUGGGCUUUCGAAAACAGGUCCUACAUUGGAUCACACUCAUGUCAGCACUGUGGUGAAGGGCAGUUUUGGCUAUCUUGAUCCAGAAUACUUCAGAAGGCAGCAACUAACUGAUAAAUCUGAUGUGUAUUCUUUUGGGGUGGUUCUCUUUGAAAUCCUGUGUGCUCGACCAGCCUUGAACCCGACACUGGCGAAGGAGCAAGUGAGCUUGGCAGAGUGGGCUGCACAUUGCCUCAAGAAAGGCAUUCUUGAUCAGAUUAUGGAUCCAUAUCUGAAGGGGAAAAUUACCCCAGAAUGCUUCAAGAAGUUUGCUGAGACUGCGAUGAAGUGUGUUUCUGAUCAAGGUAUUGAAAGGCCGUCCAUGGGUGAUGUACUUUGGAACCUUGAGUUUGCUUUGCAGCUACAAGAGAGCGCAGAAGAGAGUGGCCAGGGCAUUAGUGGAUUAGACAACGAGGAGGUGCCAUUCACUGCUGGUAAAGGGAAGAAGGACCCUGAUGCAUCCCCAGGUUUCGAUGGUAAUGUGACAGAUUCAAGGAGCAGUGGCAUGAGUAUGAGCAUUGGAGGCCGGAGCCUGGCUAGCGAGGAUUCCGAUGGCUUGACGCCAAGCGCUGUGUUUUCACAGAUAAUGAAUCCCAAAGGCCGGUGAGAUCCCAGUCCCCUAUAUUUUACCACAGUUCCACAAGAAACCAAUCAGGCUACUCUUGUUGUUUACUGCCAAAAAACUACAUAAUUUGAGUUUGCCAUUUUGUUCUCUAAUUCAUUUUUACCUUGCAUUUGAAUUCCUUUGCACUUGAGAUUUAAUUUUGUACCUAAAUAUUUUAUAUGAAGUGUGUAAAAUAAUAUGAUGUAAUGUACCUUAAUUCAACUAUGAUGAGAUUAUUCAUUUCAUUUGGCAUUUGCUUUGA